AUGUAUGAGGGUUCUGAAGCAGAAGAAAAGAGCAGAACCAGAGAAACCACUUUACAAUGGAGGAAUGCUGAAAGACGAAGAAGCUUCUGUGUCAGGCAGAGACACUCUCAGAAGCGUCGGUGCUCGCUACACACCAGCUUACAUAUUGCACAAUCUCACGCAAAACACCAUCUACUGCUUCUCCAGUUAAGUAUCGAUCAUUCCCCUUCUGAUUUAAAUAAACUCAAUGAGGCUGGUUCUGCAUCAGCAGAUCGUGUUAAGAGCAAAGUUGAGAUCAGACGACGCCACAUUAAACUGCAUAGGUUCUGUAUCUGCAAAACAAGGUUGCUGGUCUUUCCUCAAAGGCUCCUUCUUGACUCUCCUUCCCAACUAUCCAUCAUCUUCUUUGAGACAUCAAACGACGACGGUGAAACCCAAUUAGAAGUUGCGAGUCCAUCUCUUCAGCCCUUCACGCAGGAUCAAUGGAAGAACAACCAAGAUUACUUCAUUAACACUGCGAGAAAAAGAGCAGUGACAAUUCACGUGGCCAAAGAAAACGGAGAGAACGUUGAAGGAGCAGUGGUGAAUGUUGAGCAGAUCUCCAAAGACUUCCCCAUUGGUUCAGCUAUCUCCAAAACAAUCCUUGGAGAUUUAAAAACUUAUUCAUGUUAUGAGGCUGAACAAAUUUAACGAGGGAAGCACUGUGGAAGGGUUAAAGUUGGUGGUCAAAUGCUUCAUUAAGCAGGCGGGGUUGAAUAUUGAGUUUGUACACAAUACUAUCAAAGAAUAAUAGAGAAAAGUCUUGGAACAAAAAAGAAGUGAGGCAAGGCAAGGCAAGGCAAGUACGAGAAUAAUAAUAAUGCUGCAAUUUGUGGCUUUGCAACUCAGAUUGUAUGGCUGGAUAAAACCGUAAUGGUUUGAAUUCUCAAAUUGUUAAACCGUUUUUGUUUUAUAAAUUAUUUUCAGAAACACACAAAACAUCUAUGCAAUGUGUUUAAUGAAUCAGAUUUAAGCUA